AUAAAUGACAGGAAUGAAUGAAUCCCUCAACGUAAACAAAACCACGUGACUACAAACCCCUCGCUUGUUAUUUUGAGAUUGGUUAAUCUCUCUGUUUGACAUACUUUUUAAUCAAUUUCUUUUGGGUCUUGGCUUUGCUUUCGAAGGUGACACUCUGUGGUAUAGAUAGAUUCAGCAUGAGUGUCACAGUGACCCUUGAAGAUGAGGCACAGACGAAGUGCCAUGUGCUUUUGUACGAAAUUGAAAAUGCAGCAGAAGUGCGACAACUCAUUAUGAAGGGACAGGUUGAAGCAAGUCUCAUUAAGCCAGAAAUGAUUGUCGACUCUUUCCAAGUCAUUGUUGCAGCUAACAAGGCUGUACGGUGUUUGGCUCUCAAGAAGAUGACAACAAGAUCGGUUUUUGCAGAGAUUAUUUACAACUUGUCACCCACAAGAACUAUUACAGAAUCCCUAAAGAACUUCGGGUUAGGGGACGAUGACAAACAUAUCCUGGCUGUUGUCUUGGAUGAUGGCUCCGGAGAGAAGUUAAAACAACUACACGGACAAGUUAAAGGAAAAGAAAUACCAGUAGCAGAGCUUUCGUCCCUGACCAACAAAAGCAAAGUAACAGAGACUUACAAGGUGACACCCUCAGAACUAACAGUUAGCAGCCUUGUGGAUGCUGUUGUCUCCCGAAUGGCAUGCAAGGAGUUUCUUCUGUUGUAGCAAACUGAAUGUAAAAAAGGAGUUUUUUGAUUUAUUUGAUUUAACUUAAUUAUUAAUAAUAACACAUCUCGAUUUUGA